UCGCGUGUCAUAUCAAGCGCGUAAAAUGACGUGCAAUGAUCAAUUAGUGUAUCUAUUAGCAUAAGUUUUGAGACACGGAGAAGAAGUAAAAACAACGAAGGAUAAUGACGGUCUUAAGAGUUGUUUUUGUGUUGAUGCUUUUCGUGACGUUGUGUUGCUGUAACCGUGGAAGGAAUUGCAGGCGCCUCUCGGACUGCAAAUGCGGGGACUUCUGUGUGGAACGUUACAGUAACAUGCGCUGUUUGAACGGAUACAACUGUGUGUGCAAAACAGGCUGUGCCGUUUUUAACACUUUUCUACCAGCUGGAUUAAGAGCACGUGUUUAUUGCAACCUUUGUUCAUGUCUAACAAACCCCUCAAUACGCGAUCCAACCCCAGGAAUACCAGCUUGUACAAGAGCCGCGUGGUGCAACCCACCCAUAACAGACGUGUACCCAAGCAAUCCUAACUGCCAAAGAAGAGGCUACGGAGACCGCGACGAUUAGCUCUUGUGGACACUUAUAAACUACCAAAAAUAUAAAUGCCCUUUGAAGUUAAAAGCGAAUAAAAAAUCGGGCGGUAAACAAGAUAAAAUAACGAAAAACACAAUCAACACAUUACAGAAAUGGCGAAUUAAAACUAACAAACAUACUUUUAUCGAUGUCAUUUAAGCGGUCCGGAUAAAAAUACUCUUAAAAUCCAUUAAUAAAAAAAAUAUGGGAAAUAAGCUAGACAUAUAUAAAGAAAUAGUCUUUUAUUUCAUGAUUUAAGCUGAUUUGAAAAUGAGAAACAUAUGAUAUCACAUUGUUUUAAACAAGUACAAUUUGAGAUAAGUCACGGUUAUAAAAAAUGAUCCGUUAUGCUGACAAAAUCAAAAUACAGCGGGCCACAGCCGGUUCAAAUGGCGACAUGGCUGGUUAAUGAAGUUGUCGGAUAAAUUCUGCCCAAUGGCAUACAUAUAUUUUCCAAGUUUGGUAAUGAUCGUACAAAACCAUCUCUUGUUAGAACGUGGACAACUUAGACACCGUCCAUCCGUCUCAUAAACGCUUGCAACCCGAUACCCGCCACAAGCCAUAGCGGAAGCCAUCCAAUCUGAUAACGGGCGUUUAGGAAAUACGAAGAAAUCUCAGUAAGAUAAAGAAUAUAUUACAUUUUAUGAACACCGGAAGUAGAUAUUUUCACUAAAUUAUAUGCGUUUCAAUGUGCUUUAUGAAACGAACAAUCCUCGGUUUUACUUAAUGUUUACUUUUGAAGCACAGUUCAAGUAAAGCAAACUACUUCUAUCGAAAUAUAUCAUCGUUUUUGCCGGUACUGGUACGAACAUUUAAUCCGUGCAAUAGCACACACUAAGAAUUCCUAUUAUCCAUCUAUAUCAGCCCCUGCAAAUAAAU